UUUAAAAGAUAAAGAUAUAUAAAAUAUGUUGGACGGGAGAUCUUUAGAGAUAAUAUCUCGGUUUAAAGAAUCCUUACUUGUGAAUGGUGGAUCCAAAACCUCGGCGCCAUAUUCUCAAGAUUUUGCUAAUCGGAGCAAUAAACUUAUUUCAUCACCCAUGUCUGCGCUUUUGAAUGAUAAUGUUUUAACAACAAAAGUGGUAGAAUAUGGGGGGUCGCAUAGACUUGUCUUAACAAACGAUGCUAUAGAGCGCAGCAAUUACCGUAGGAAGCGGAAAUGGAGAGAAACGUAUGGUGAUAGUGUUGAUAUCGUUGAUGGUAGUAACGAUGAUAGUACCACUGAAGGUAAUGGGAUUGUAUCCAAUGGGAAUGGAUACCAUAAGGGCAACGGAGAAGAAGAAGACGAAGACGAAGAGGAGGAGGAAGAAGAAGAAGAAGAAGGAGGAGAAUUGGAGGUCGAUAAUGAGGAAGAACAAGAAUACCGGAAGAGUGCCAAUGGAUUCAAUGUUGAAGAUGAAUCUGGAGAAGAGUCAGAUUUUGAUGCUGAAACUGAUGACAUCAAUGAUUCAAAUCCUUUUAAAAGACUUAAGCUUACAGAGAUCUUGGCCCCUCUUGUUCAUCCUUCAGAAAUAAUUUCACAUCCAGCCAUUCUGAAAACAUAUAAACUGACAAUCUUCAAUAAACUUGCAAGUGAAUUAAUUGAAUUGAUUGAGAUUGAACAAGUUAAUUUGAAUUGGUUAAAUAAAUUAUUACAAGUUUUAAAUGGAGAAGAUUGGUUUUAUUUACUUGAGGAGAAUUUAGGUUUACCUACUUAUGAUCAUGGAUUGAAUCAAUUUAGUGAUGAUGAUACAUCCAAUGGAGCUGUGACAGAAGAAGGUACCAAAGAAGAUACCAAGUCAAAAGAUCUGGAAGAAUCCAAACCUGAAGAAUCUACUGCUGCCACCACUACCGCUACCGAAUCAGUAGAAGGAGAAGUUCAAGAUUUACCUAAAAGAAUUACUAGAACGGCUGCCAAUGCACAAGAAGAUAAGGAUGAAGUUUCUGAUCCAUUUUUCGCACUUCCUGAAAGUCUUAAGACGUAUGAAUCAUAUCAAAGACAACAGAUGGAAGAUCCAAGCAGUGAUGAACUUACAUCGAUACAAGAAGAUUUGGUGAAUUAUCUUCAAGUUAGUAUCCAAAGACAACAUGAAUAUAUUAAAAAUUUGACCCAAUUACGCAAUGGGUUGGUUAGAACGGAUAGAUUGAAACAAGACUUGUAUAAAUGGGGAAAGGAAAUGUAUGAGAAAAAGAGUAAUUGAAAAGAUGGGACGAACAAGGAAUGUCAGGUUUCAAUCAGAAGUACUAUACCACUUAUAUUAUUGCUGCUGGCGGAAAGAAAUCAAACAGG